AUGAGAUUUCUGCUGCAAUUGCCGCUGCCAGUUGUGUUGAGGCCAGCUGGAGCGGCGUAUUUUCGCUCAGACUGCUUGAGCUACUCAAAGCGGUGCAUACGGUUGCGUCAUCGAAACGUUGGCCCAGCUUCCCUGCACCUCACUGAUGAGGGACUCUUGGCGGCAUCAUCGCAACGCUCGCCUCCCAUGGGCAUGCCGCUCACUUACCUGCAACAGUACAUUGCAGAUGUGGAACAGUACCAGAAUGACACCUCAACAUGGUCAAACGACACCUUGCGGGAUGCCUGGAAGGCGUUUCAUCACUCCUUGGAGACUGCAAUGAAGAUGGAGGAUGGGUUAAAGGCCCAACAAUUGAUUGUUAAGGAUCAAGUGGGAUUGGCAUUGUGUACAUCGUAUGCCGAGGUAAAGUACUUGUUAUCAAUGUUAGCGCCUUCCCUGCGCUCUGCCAUUGUAUCUCAUUCAUCUUUUGUGCAUGCAGAGGUGGAAGAGUUUUUCAUUCACCUUGGUCAAGAGAUGGAGGUUCGUGGUGGUGAAUGGGUGAUACAGCUUCCACCUCCAUCCGUAAGCGAGCUUCAGUUUACCAUUGAAAAAGUGGGUAGAUUCGGUGAUGAUGGAAGAGGUUGUAUUCGAAACACGCCGCAUCGUGUUUCAGUGUGGCGCGGCCGUCUUGGUGAGCCCUUGGGUUUGACAAUACGUGUGGGUCGUUAUGUGCCUAAUAUUGCAAAGGCACUUGUUCCUUUAGUUCACAGAGGAAGUGUUCUCAUCUUGUCCAAGGCAGGAAUGGGCAAGACAACGUUGUUGCGUGAUCUUGCAGCCUCCUUGUCACGCGAAGCUUCGAAGCCGCGCGUCAUUGUCGUUGACACAUCCAAUGAGAUUGGUGGGGAUAGCCCAAUACCUUUGCCCUUCUUGGGUCGAUGCCGACGCAUGCAAGUCCCCCGUCGUGAAGAGCAGCAGCAGGUAUUAACGCAAAUAUUGCAAAAUCACUCUCCAGAGUAUGUCAUUGUGGAUGAAAUUGCCACAGCCUCAGAGGCCGAGGCUGCGUGGUCAAUUUCUCAACGAGGUGUUCAUCUUAUUGCGACAUGCCAUGGUGAAAGUCUAGCUGGUUUACUGCAAAAUCAAUCCCUGAACCUUCUAGUCGGUGGUGCUGCUCAAGCAUUUCUCAGCAAUGAAGAACGUCGAUUGAGAAAUAAAUCCAAAAAAACUAUACUGGAGAGGCCUCAUUCGUCUCCGUUUCAAUUUGUGGUUGAACUCCAUUCACGGAGUUCAGCUCAUAUUUAUGUUGACGUCAAUACCGCAGUUGAUUUAAUCUUGGACGAUCAGGAUGCCACAAAGAAUGCCUCCGUGGGGCGAGUGGUGUCGAUUGACCGAGCCCCAUCUGAAGAGCUGAUGGGUGUGCUAAUAGCCAAGGAGAAGAAGGCAGAGUUGGAUGCGAAUCGUCGUGCCUUGGUUCAGCGUGAAAAAAUUGAGGAGGAGACAGGAGAGGACAGGUGUGGCGAUGAGGGCGUUGCGGAGGGGUGCCAGCCAAAAAGACCAUGGGUGGACAAACGAAGGAGAAAACACCAUGGUGGUAAGAAGAAGACCGACGAAGAGCUACUGGACGACCUCAAUAGUUUUUUUUGA